AUGCCACUCAUCUAUUCAUUAGUUGCCAGAGGCUCAACUGUCUUGGCAGAGUAUACCAAUACCACUGGUAACUUUCAAUCUAUUACCAAGAGAAUCUUAGAGUUGAUUCCUCCCAAUGAAACAAAGAUGUCUUAUGUCUAUGAAAAAUAUAUUUUCCAUUAUCUUGUUAGUGAUUCAUUGACUUAUCUAUGCAUGGCAGAUCAAGAGUUUGGAAGAAGAAUACCAUUUUUAUUUUUAGAGGACGUAAAGAAUAGAUUCAAAUCUAGCUAUGGUGACAAAGGAAAGACUGCAAUGGCAUACGGUAUGAACACUGAUUUCUCAAGAACUUUAGAAAAUUUAAUGGAUCACUAUUCAAAUAAUCCACAAUCGGAUACACUCAAUCGUACUCAAGCGCAAGUCGACGAAGUAAAGAAUAUUUUAGUUAGUGAUAUUGCACCACAGCUAUUGAAGCGUGGUGAAAAGAUUGAGAUUCUAGUAGAUCGUACUGAGAACCUUCAACAACAGUCAUUCCAAUUCAAGAAACAAAGUAAACAACUUAAGUGCUCAAUGUGGUGGAAGAAUGUCAAAUUAAUGAUUAUCAUUGGUGUUGUAGUAGCGGUAACUAUCUAA